AUGCAUCCCCGUCUCAUUUUAGUACGCAAAUUUACCGAAACGUCGUGGGUUUCGGCCAUCGCGUUGACGACUCUGCUGCUGGUUUUCACCUCUACAAUCGACACCACAUCCGCCCUCAGUUACCGAGGCUACAAACAGGAGAUGAAAGAACAGCCCGACGAUGUACUGAUCGAUCUAAUUGCACGGUACGGCCAUACGAUGUUACGAGCAAAAGAUGAGCUAGAAAACUCCAAACGAACGGUAGACUUUGGACUAUCGCGUGGAUAUUCAGGCGCCCAGGAAGCGAAACACCGAAUGGCCAUGGCGGUCGCCAACUUUGCGGGCGGCCCCGGGAGGAAACGAAGGUUCGAAGGAAUCAUGCUGUAAAUGUUUGAACACUGAUACGAGCCAACCAAUUUCUGUCAUGUUAUCA